AGUUAGCCUCAUAGACAAUAGAUACUCAUCAUAUUGUUCUUGCCUGGCACUUAAUUUAGUCAUUGUGUGUCUGAUUAACAUAAAAAAAAUACACAGCUAAGCAGAGUUAAUAAAUAACCGUUUUAAUGCAGAUUCCCAGUCUCUAGGGUUUCGUUUGCCCUGCUGCAGAGUUCAGCUCUGCCAGAUUUACAUUCCUUGGGAGUGACUAACUCUAGGGGGAAGAGGCGCAAGCUACUAAACUGCUAAUACUUUAAAAUAGUGAAUAAAUGUCUAAGUGCAUUUAUUCAUCGUGAUUAAAAUGAACAAACCAUUUGCUUCAGCCAUCCAGCUUUAAUCCCAAAUCAGUGAGAUAACUUUAGUGCUUUUGCUUGUUGCCAGGGACACAGGCAGCACUGACCUCAGAGCUACAACCUAUCUGAUAACUUUAUGGAAAUUUUAAAGGGUCUUAGCGACCUUUUAGCUUCUUUAUUGUUUUCCCACUGUGCUUAAACCAUGUUCCAUUUUUAUGUGUAACAGUGAAUGCAUAUUUAGAGCAACAUCAAAGUCCCAGUUUGUUCCCUUGGAGCUGGAUAUUUCAACAAAAGCUGCUAAGAACUUGUCUUUUUCUGUCAAGUCCAGAAUUCAUCUCUCUUCUGUUUUGCUAUGGAGGAGGGAUCAGCUGAGGAGUUUCUCUUCAAAGACCAGGACUUCUCCUCUGAACUGCUGAGGCAGCUGAAUGCUCUGCGGCAGAGCGGGAUGCUGACUGAUGUUACCCUCUGCUGCGGGGGCUUUGAAAUCCCCUGUCACCGAAACGUGCUGGCUUCCAGCAGUCCAUACUUCAAGGCGAUGUUCUGUAAUGACUUCAGAGAGAGCCACCAGGCUAAAGUCAUCCUGAAGGGCAUCGACGCCAAGGUUUUGGAUCUGAUUAUCCUUUACGCUUACACAGGGGAGAUUCUUAUAUGCGCUGAGAAUGUCCUGUGCCUGUUGGAGACAGCCUCCAUGCUGCAGUAUGCUAAGCUGUUCGAGGCCUGCUCUGCCUACCUCCAAGAUAAGCUGGCUCCUGACAACUGUCUGAGCAUGAUCAGGCUGGCAAAAGUCUUGAACUGCCAAAGCCUGAAUAAGAAAGCCAAGGCUAUGGCUUUGAAAUGCUUUCCUGAGGUGGCCUCUUCUGAGGACCUGAAAGACCUUUGUCUCUUGGAGCUCAUCGAUUACCUUGGGGACGAUGAGCUCUGUGGGGAAGAGGAGCAGGUCUUUGAGGCACUGAUGGUCUGGAUCCGGCACGACCUCCAGGCAAGGCAAGGCUACAUCCAAGAGUUGUUCAAGAAGGUCAGGCUUCAGUACGUCCAUCCAACUUUCCUCUUCCACUUCAUCGCCAAUGACGCUCUCGUUCAAUCCUCACCCACUUGCAGGAGCAUCCUUGAGUCAGCCCGGAGACAUAUGUUUUCCUUGUACAGCACCAAUGCACCUGACAUCAAGCCCAUGCUGCACGUUCCUCGCAGGUACUCCAACCAAGAGUUCCUCAUCAUCAUUGGUGGCAGGAAGGACAGCCAGCAGACGACAAGGGAUGUCCUGCUCUAUGACAACAAGACAAACCAAUGGCUAAGUCUGGCCAAACUUCCCAUGCGCCUGUACAAAGCCUCCGCAGUCAGUUUACACAGCAAUAUUUAUGUGCUCGGAGGGAUGCCUGUUAGCAAUAAGAAAAGCCCGGUCAGUGAUAAUAUUUACAUUUAUUCCCUCAAACUCAAUCAGUGGAGGUUGGUUGAGCACAUGUUAGUUCCACGUUACUCCCACAGAAGCUUGGCAUAUAAAAAUUAUAUUUUGUCAUUCGGUGGAAUUGGUGAAAACCAGGAAAUCCUGAAUUCUGUGGAAAGAUACGAUAGCAUCUACAACACCUGUGAGAGCAUGGCAAACAUGCCCGUUGCUGUCCUUCACCCUGCUGUUGCUGCCAAAGAUCAGAGGGUCUACCUCUUUGGGGGAGAAGACAUUAUGCAAAACCCUGUCCGGCUGAUCCAGGUUUACCAUGUCUCCAGGAAUACAUGGUUUCGGAUGGAGACCAGAGUGGUGAAGAACGUCUGUGCACCAGCUGUUGUUAUUGAAGACCAGAUUAUCAUCGUAGGUGGGUACACCCGGAGAAUAAUUGCUUAUGAUACAAAAGGCAACAAGUUUGUUAAAUGUGCAGACAUGAAGGACAGACGAAUGCAUCACGGGGCCACUGUCAUCAAGAACAAGCUGUAUGUCACAGGAGGACGAAGUCUCACCACGGACAAUGCCAUCAAGGACUUGGAUUCCUUGGACUGCUAUGAUCCAGAGACUGACACAUGGACACCAAAAGGAAAACUGCCACACAAACUCUUUGACCAUGGAUGCCUUACACUCCAGUGCGUCCCCUGUUCUAAACUCCUCUAAACCAUCUUUGGUACUCCCCAGGACAUUUAGUGCUUUCCUUCUCAGAAAGGACCCACCUUGCUCUGCAGAGAGGACGUGGGGAAUCCUCAUGGGGUCCCACAAACUCCUGACCUUGAAGGCACCAGCUGCGUUAGUCAUUCCCCAAACGCUCUGCCACAAAGGUCAUGAGCUUUGUGCUCAUGCUGUAUUCACCUGACCAGUAUUGCACAUGGUGCUGCUAAGUCCAGCCUGGGGGCCUUACACAGAGGCUCAGCAGAAAACCAGAAAAAGAUGCUGGGUAAGAACCUGCUGCAGGAUUUAGCCUUGCACAGACUUUAAAUGAAAGGUGAAUAGGAAUGCUGGUUUCUCCAGGGAGAGUAAGGUCUGGGUAACCUGCAUUUGUUAGCAUGCAAACUCAGCUGCAUGCCGCAGCCCUUUGCUGCUUGGUGGUGACCAAGCCUCCAUUUCAAGUGAUGGGAAUGUUUAGAAUAGGAAGCCCCAAGCUCUAGUCUUGUAGCCAGCCCAGCAGCAGCUGCCUGCGUUAGCUAUGGUAGUCAUUUCAUAAGAAAUAAAACGUAAAUGUUCCUAGCAUCAAAUUAGAAAUUAGCAAAAGGCUAACGCUGUGAUCUAAACUCUCACAUUGCAACAAGAUGCAGAUGUGACUUUUCUGAGCUGCCGCUCCUUCAUAGUGCAUGGAAGAUUUUUGUUCCAUCUGCCUGCUCUCCAAAGAAGCGGGAGAAGGUGGGAUGGAAAUGAAGAUUGCAUCUUCUUUUUCAAGGGGUCUUAUUUUGCAGGGCAGGGAGCUUGCUUCUCCUUUUGCAUCAGGGAUAGCUGUGGGGUUAGUUAGGAAGCCCGUUGGCUGAUGGAAUUCCUGUAAUCUGGAAUGGCAGAGAGGACGCAUGAAGGAAAAGAGAUGUAAAGGAGAAGAGGUAUUUGGGAGGAACAAUUUAUUUUUUUUUCUCUUUUCUCCAAACCACUGGAAAACAACGAUGAGAAAAAGCCAGUGACAGGAAACCAGCUUUCCAAGAAGAGCAAGUCUAAGUCUGCCACUUGGCAAAGCAGUUCUGGCUCCACCAAUAUUUUUGUGGGGUUCUGCCACUAAGUGCAUAUUUUUAAAGGGAGGGGAUUAAUCAUCAGAUACCGAACAGGCUGUAAACUGCUGUCAGGUCACCAGGCUUGGUAAGAUUGCUGAGACAGCAGGGAGCUUUGAAGAUAGCACUGAUGACCACCGUCCAGAGAAAGGACAACAGAGACAACACCCCUUUUUCUUCAUAUUUGAAAGAAAGUGUGGCUUUUCCAAGGGUUCAGGGUGUCAAGAGGAAACCACACCCAACCUUCCUCUUCACAGAAGGCUGCACAGCCGUGUGGUCACCAUCACGUUGCAGGACACCACUCCAACAGCUAAGAUCCCCUCCCAUAAAUCUGUAUCUGGGAGCAGAAGGGUGACAGAAAUAGUUAACAAAGUGGGGGGCUGGAAGGAAGCAUUGCGUAUCAACUGCUGUUUUAACAAUAUGAAACAAAAUGGUUGUUAUUGUUUGUAUAAGCUUUGUGUUCAGGAGUCCCCAUUGUUCUCUCGGCAUUGUUGAUAAAGGGAAUUGGUUUUGUACCACCGGUUUUGUGCCAGGGUUUCCUUCUAAGGAUCUGAGUAAACCUGCAAAAAAUGAGUGGGAAACCAAACUCACCCCCCGGCUCGGAAGUCUUUGGCUAAGUUUCUCCUCUGUCUUUCAGUCUAUAUCAUCACCUCCUCCCUGUGCAAAGCAGGGCUAAAUCGCGGGCACAUGCCAAAUUGGACCAGAGCAGUGAUUUCAUUCUGCUUCCUCACAGACCAGCUCCAGCUCUCUGGAGAAAGAAGCCUUGUCAUGGCCAAUUAUGGAAAGUCUGCCCCGGGGAGAUGUUUAUUCCUAACCCUACAGUGCCGCCUUGCCAAACUCCUUCCUGUUGUGACCCCACUCAGCUCCAAAACUCCAGGAGACGCCUGUUGCUGCCAUGCAUUUUAGCUGACACGGAUUCCUGCCAGGCUCGUGACUACACCCAGAACCAAGGGGGAAAAGCUGACUUGGGGCCAUAACCCCAUGUUUGCAAACCAUUGCCACAGUCAUUGGUUUGUGCUUGGAAGCAAACAGAUUUUUUUCGUUCCUGUAUCGUAUAACUAGUGAUUUUCUCAGCAUUCAUGCAGGGGCCAAAUAGUACCUUGCACAGCUGUAGCUGGGCAGGAAAUGGGGAGUGCAAAGAAAAGGCACGGUUGCAAUAGCAUUGAGCACAGCAUCCUUCCCCCGGCCCUCGGGGAGCCCUCACAUCUCCCCCAAGUCCUUGGAGCUGCCAAGGGCUAUGGCCAGCCCUGCUCUGGCUGCAACCCUGUGGUACUUCACCGACUCCUCACCUCAUGCCCGUAAAUCAAGGAAUUUGGUUCUGCUGGGUAGUUAAUAUAAAGCCUGUUUUCUGAUAGACUUCUGUCUUGUGGUCAGUUUGGAUGCAAACUGAUCAAAGUUUUUGGGGCCCUUUGCAAAAAGGGUUGAAACCAGGGAACAGCAUUGAGCUUUACCAAGGCAGACAAGGGCCAGCAGAGUCACUUGGUCACAGGGAGGCAGCAGCUUCAGGGCCCAGGAUAUGCAGCCCCAGGGCAGAUGCUAUGGGGAGAAAGGAUGCUGCCUUUCUAAUCAGGUGCUGGCCACCACCUGGCCCACCUAGAGCAAUACUUAGUACUAUCCCAAGUGCUUUGCAACUGUCGUACCUAGUGUUGCUAUGGGUGAAAGCACAUCUAGCAAAGGUUGACCAAGGUACCUCUUUCUCCAGCAUCAGGAGGGGACUU